GAACUGGGGUGAGUGAACGAGGCAGAGCAACGACGAGAAAGUUUUAAAAACUGAAGUCAGUGUUGAGUUAACGUGGGUUUGGGCUCAAAUGUUUUACGUUGUUAGAAAAUCCAGGCAUGAAGAGCUGAACAUGUGACAGUUUUGUGCUAACGUAUAACAAUGUGUGCCAGUAAACGUGUCCUUGUCUCAUGAUUCAGGACAGAAGAUUAGAAAUAAUGUCUGCUCAGAGAUCAAAGAAACGGCUGGGCUCACGUCGCGCUGCAGUGAAUCAAAAUAAAACACCGGGGCCUGACGGUGCACACGCAACAGAUCUGACUGAUGCAGUUCAACACCGCGGUCCACAGGGGGACGAUGAAUUAUUGAAUAUGACUUCUCAUGCUGAGAGUUCACUUCCAGAACACCAGCAUCAACUUUCACCGGAGCUCAAAGAGAACAGAAGGAAAAUCGGAUCAAGACGAAGAAACAAAGAGCAAAAACGAAUAAAGGAAACGAAAACUGAAUUAGGCAACGAACCCAGAGAGGAAGUUGAUGAAACCACAUGGACAGACACAGGCCUGCGACCACAACUGGAAAUGUCUGAGUCUGAACAGCAGGCAGAACUGGGUGGAGAGGCAGAAACAGAUCCUUUGUUUUCAAAUACAGAAUCUGCUGAGUUUGAGGUUCGAUUCCCUGCAGCACACCGUCCAGAGCGUCCUCCAGAAGUUGAGAUCCUGCAGAGUGAAAACGAAGAACCAGAGAACGAGGGCAACUCUCAACUAGACCACACUAUUGUGGACGGAAACGCUGAUCAGUUUGAGGAAGUUGAAGACGAGACGUGUCGUGUUAACAACCGUCGUCAAGAAUGCCCUGAACCUCACAGAGAGAUUUACACCACACCACACGAUCAGGAAAUAAAUGAAGAUGUGACGUUAAAAACCCAGGAGUUUUUCACUACAGAAGAGGAAGUCACUGAUGACAAUGAUCUCAGCAACCUCAGUGGCAGCAAUGAGCCUUUGAAGGCAACCGUUUCAUUGACCAAAGACGAGUCAUCUUCAGAGGAGAACCCCAAAGAGCAGCUCUCCCAACCUCAACACAGCACAGAACAACUAACAGUUCCCAGACCCAGUCCAGGACUGAAGCGCAGGAAACUUGGCUCCAGUCGCAGAAAUAAAAGGCACCAAGAAGAUUCUGCUGCAGAACGACACGACGACACUGUGGAGGAAGAGGAUGGACCUGGAGCUGAUCAAAGAGAAGUGACGGAACUGGGAGAUGAGGAGGAGCCGCGGACGGAACCGGGGGAGCCGGUGAGGGAACGGGAGGAACCAGUGAUGGAACGGGAGGAACCAGUGACGGAACCGGAAGAGGAAGUCACUGAUAACAACAAUCUCAGCAACCUCAGUGGCAGCAAUGAGCCUUUGAAGGCAACCGUUUCAUUGACCAAAGACGAGUCAUCUUCAGAGGAGAACCCCAAAGAGCAGCUCUCCCAACCUCAACACAGCACAGAACAACUAACAGUUCCCAGACCCAGUCCAGGACUGAAGCGCAGGAAACUUGGCUCCAGUCGCAGAAAUAAAAGGCACCAAGAAGAUUCUGCUGCAGAACGACACGACGACACUGUGGAGGAAGAGGAUGGACCUGGACAGAUGUCGUCAGGAGGAAGGGCUGAAGGAGUGGACGGACCUGGAGCUGAUCAAAGAGAAGGGACGGAACCAGUGACAAAACUGGGGGAACCAGUGACGGAACUGGAGGAACCAGUGAGGUGGAUGGUUUCACAUCCCAGAAAACCACAAACCAGUGACACUGAAGAAGGUCGGACCAAUGAGGAGGAAGGAAAUCUGAAGGAUGAUUUCAAUCUGACCGUCGACCAAUCAGAUCACCAGGAGGAGGAAACGAAAGGUCUUCUCGCCCAAGACAGUGACCGCUUUGACCCAACUGGACCAGGUGAAGAACCAGGACCUGGUCCUGGAAAUAAAGACCACCAGGAUGAGGAGAAUUCUGGGACGGAAUCAAAACCUCCAGCAGUGACGGAGGCAGCGCUCCAGGAAAUGUCAACGGAAUCUUUACCAGAGGGAAGUGACAAAUCUGAUUAUGGUCCGACUCUGGACCUUCAGGUUAUUGAACAGGUGACGGUGGUUGAUGGUGGAGUCUCACACUCAGAGGACACGUGGACGAAUGAGAACGUCAGUAAAUCUGACGCCAAAGACGAUCCAGAAGAGCAUCAGAAGAAAAUGUCACGGACAGAAGAAUCUAAAGCCGACCCCUCGGACACGGACGGGAACGUUCCCAAAGACACAUCUGAGAGAAUCCAUUCAGGCUCCAAACCUGGAGGACACAGAAGGAAACUGGGCUCCAGCCGAAAACGCAGAGACAGACUUCCUGUCCCUGACCCCGUCUCUGAACCGGACUCUGGACUUAAAGAAGAAACAGCAGAAAUUCACCGAGGUGAGUUUCCUGAAGAGGAAAACUUCACAACGGAGACUUCGAAGCGAGAAAUUUUACCAGAGCAAACUGUCUUAGAUUUAAAACCCGCACAGGAAAUGAACCAAAAUAACCUGAGCAGAGCAGGAGACGAGAGAACAUCAGAAUCACAGAUCAGUGUGUGUGAUAACACAGCUGUGACAGAAGACGACGCACGGCCGUCACAGGAAGUCCGCGUUCAUCAGUCGAAUGAAGAAAUCAGAGGAGAAGAAAAUCAUUUCAAGGAUUCACUGUUGGUUAGAGACGCUGAUGUAACGAAAGUUAACUUGAUUCCCUCGACAGAAGACCCUGAAGAACGGGUCGUCGCCGUUCAUGUCCAACAAACAGAAGUUCUAUUUGUGGACAGAGAAGAAAACGCUCAGGAUAAAACGUCCACGAUGGAAACACAGAGGGAAGAAGACGGAUCUAAACAAUCUGAUCAGGAGACAUUGAGUUCAGAGGGUGGAGGAGAUGCUGGACAUGAAGACGGUGUAAGAGAAAAGCCACCAGUCCAUGGAACCACUUCCACAGGUUCUGACUUCACCCAAAGGUCAUCAGUCAACGACAACAUGCACAGAACGAAGAGGAAGAUGGGGUCGACCCGGAGGAAACUGCUGGGCAGACCCACGGACGGCCUCGAUGAAGUGAAGGAACGGGAGGUGAACUUUAAGGUGAGACUCGUCGAGGCUGAGGAGGAGUUAACAUCGACAGUAAAAACAGAGCUGCAGCCUCCGUCAGUCGUCAGCGUGUUUCAGGAAAUGGAAGAAACCAGCUCAGAGUGCGAGGAAAAACCAACGCUGCAGAGCUGCACCGUCGACCUGGAGGUCAAAGACGGCGACACGACAGCAGGCCCGGGGGAUGGAACAGUUCUCCCCCCUGGUUCUCACAGGGAUGAAGACGUCCGUCCUGUUCCCGCUCUUCAGGGCGAUGAUGUAAGAGACGCUGACGGAAGUGAGGAACUGUUCUCCGCUGAGAAACAGGAACCUGGUGUGAUGACAGCAGAGGGAGACGGAGACGCUGCUGCUGCUGCUGCUGCUGCUGCUGCUGCGGUCACGGCUGAAGGAGAUCACGACACACAUGACAUGAAAAACGCAGGAGAAGGUGUCAGUCCUGACCGCAGGAGGAGGAAGAUGGGGUCCACGCGCAGAAGUCUGAGACCUCAGCCAACAGAAAAACCUCUUCAUCAAAAUGAAGACGCCGCAGCGACCAGGAGCGAUUCAGAAAACGUUACAAAAGAGAUACAUGUGGUCAAAGACCCAGAGCAGAGUCAGGAGGGGGCAGUAGAGGCCCCUCUAACAGACCAAUCACAAAUGAGCCCCCCGGCUCCUCAGACGGCAGAGGACAAUGUGGAUUCUCUGAGCCCAGCAGCAGCAGCAGCUCCUCAUCAUCAUCAUCAUCAUCAUCCUCAUCAUCUAACUCCAGACUACCUCCCAGAGAAACCCCCCACCUCAGUCAGCGAUGAUGUCACGACAGGACCGGCAGUGGGAGCGAAGAGACGGAAAAUGGGAUCACACAGGAAGUCACGCCCACGUCCAGACUCAAGAGACAAGGAGACGACGGAGGACGCACAAGAAGAGGGAGAUGUUCCCAGUCGGACGAGUGAGGAGUCGUCAGGACCGGGCGGAACGUCGGAGGUCGAUAAAAGUGAGAAGAACUCGUCAUCCAACGUCUCCGUCGCAGCAGAGCGACCUGGGACUCUGAGUGAGGAGAAACCUGACGCAGAGAUUCCAGUUCAGCUGCUCCGUGCUGACGUUCAUCUGGAUCCUGGGAGUCACAACAAGUUUUCUCUGGGUCCAACCGGUGAAGCCGACCUCAGAUCCGACCUCAGAUCCUACCAUGUCCUUCUGGUCGGGGACAGCAGCGUGGGCAAAACCUCCUUCAUGAAAAGAGCCCAAAGUGGGAAGUUUUCAUUAGAUAUACCGCCCUCUGUAGGCCUUGAUUCCUGCAAAUGGACGGUGGUGGUGGACGGGAGGCCAGUGGUGCUGCAGCUGUGGGACACAGCAGGACAAGAACGGUUUCACAGCAUCACACGACAGGUUUUUCACAGAGCCCAGGCGUUCCUCCUGAUGUACGACGUCACGUCCUCUCAGAGCUUCUCUGCUGUCACCUACUGGACCAGCUGUAUCCAGGAGGGAGCGUCUGCAAACGUCACCGUUUUACUUCUGGGGAAUAAAAACGAUUGUGAAAAACGACAGGUGGAAACCGAGGAGGGAAUCGUUCUCUCCAAGGAAUUAAACUGUGAGUUUAUGGAAUGCAGCGCCGCCACUGGAGAAAACGUGAUUCAGUCUCAAACUGUUGCCAGGAUGCUGCAACUAAAGGUUGACACAAGAGAGGAAGCUCUGGUGUUACACAAAGACCCCCCCCAGAAGAAGAGGUCAGGAUGCUGCUGAGCAGAGAAAUCUGCCGUCACGGGGGUGAAACGUUAGAAAAGCCGGACGGAAUCGUAAAAUCUGAGCCGACACGUGUCACAUGACGACGUCUGGACCAUUGUUUUUUUAUUUACUCAGUAUUUGUAAGUCAUAUCCCCAGACCAGACCUGGGCAAACUAAGGCCCGAGGGCCAGAAAGGGCCCACUGGGCUUUCUAAUCCGGUCCGUCAAACACUGUUACGAGGUCUGGUGAAGACUGACACCAAUCCUCCUUUUUUCAUGCUAAUACGAAUCCACUGUAAUCUGUUGAUACCACUAGAUGGCAGCAGGUAUUAGCUAUGCCAAACUAUCUUUGAAAUUUCAAGUUUUUUUAAUACUUUU